AUGAAUGUGUUGGAUGAUGAAGAUGACCAGAGCUUUCACGCUACGCGUGACGGCUACUCCCAUUUGAGCGAUGUCGAAUGGGAUGCGGUUGAACGGAUGGGUUCAACCAUGGGCAUCCAUGCUGUUAGCGUCAUGCUAGAGGCUCUCAAUAGAGAUGCCCAACAAGCUACUAUAGCCAAGUUCAUUCAAAAUGAACUUGACGCUGAACGCGAGAAAAGACAGCAGCAGGCUGCUGCUAGCGGGUCGAUGCACUCGCGUCGACCCGAAACCUUGAAGAUUGACAUCUCCAAGUAUAGGGGAGUCGAAGAGGACUCCCUCUUGAGACGGUUCGUCGAAUUAGACGACGCCAUAAGGGCGCGUCGCGUCGACGACGGAGAUAUGCAAGUUGCAUUUGCCCAGUCAAAUCUGGCAGGACGUGCCAAGACUUGGGCAUUGGGGCUCAAGCUGCACGACCCAUAUGCGUUUGGGUCGUUGGAAGUCUUCAAGUCGCGGCUCAGACAAACGUUUGAACCGCCUAGAGCUGAGUUUAGAGCUCGAACCGAACUCUUGAAGCUCAAACAGGGUAAGCGUGAUGUGCACGGUUGCGCGCAACAUAUACGACAUCUUACGAGUUGUAUAAGUUCCAAUCCGGUGGAUGAACACACGUUGGUUUCGGUGUUCAUGCAGGGUCUUGCGGAUGGUCCCGUCAAGACUCACCUGUUCCGGAUUGAACUAGAUUCACUAGAACAAGCCAUUUCCAUUGCGGAACAGGAAGACUUCAGUCUGAGACAGGCUCGCGCCAGCUCGACAUCAUAUCGUCAACCGAGACGAUAUGACAGCGGAGGUCCAGAGCCGAUGGAACUCUGUUAUGUAGAGAGCGAGAAGGCUCGCUCUACAGACUACAAGAAGUUGCAGAGAUGCAACAGAUGUCAAAAGACAGGACACUACGCUUACGAGUGUAGUGCCCCUCGUCCAGUGUCUCGCAACACUGGGCGUAGUGACCGUCCACCCAUGAGUAAGGGGCAGGGACGCGGGUCCGCUGUUGGUGCAAAGACGCAACAACGGGAUGGACCGUCAAAAAACGGACAGGAUCAGUAG